GCCACCCCAGCCCCCAGGAUGCCCAGCAGAACUGCCCGCUAUGCUCGCUACAGCCCCAGGCAGCGGCGGCGGCGGCUACUGGCUGAUCGCAGCGUGAGGUUCCCUAACGAUGUUCUCUUCUUGGACCACAUCCGCCAAGGCGACCUGGAGCAGGUGGGGCGCUUUAUCCGGGCUCGGAAAGUCUCCCUGGACACCAUCCACCCCUCAGGCCUGGCUGCUCUGCAUGAAGCCGUCCUGUCUGGAAACCUGGAAUGUGUGAAGCUGCUGGUCAAACACGGCGCCGACAUUCAGCAGCGCGAUGAGACUGGCUGGACGCCUCUGCACAUGGCUUGCAGCGAUGGGUACCCUGACAUAGCCAGGUACCUCAUCUCCUUGGGGGCAGACAGAGACGCCACCAACGACGACGGCGACCUGCCCUCCGACCUCAUCGACCCCGACCUCCCGGGCCUGGCGGAGCUCUUCAGAGGAACCAGCGUGGACUGAGCGGGCGCGCCGUGGGGUUUGUGCCG